GCUACUGCCAAAGUGAUCAAGGAGUCCCCAAAGCUUCUACAAGAACCACAGUAAUACAACAAUCAAAACUUACCUUCUGUUUAUGCAAUCAGAUAACUUCGCAGACAAUUAUCAUGUCUUCAAACGUUGGACUCACUACCCCUCGGGGCAGUGGAACCUCUGGAUAUGUUCAACGAAAUCUUGCACACCUGCGACCCCGCGACCAAGGCAAACCUUACUCCACCGAUAUCGAUAGCAUGAAGCACCGACCGAGACAGCCAGAUAAGGAAAUUCUGGAGCACGACCGGAAGAGAGCUGUCGAGUUGGAAGUGUUUGAACUUAGAGAUAUGCUAGAGGACGAGGGGUACGUUUCAUUCUCCGCUUCCUGUUUAUAUCCUCCCUGCAUUACAAGCUAACGGAUGUGGUAUAGUGUUGACGAGGAAGAAAUCGAGAUCCAAACAGAAGGCCUGAGAAAGAAGCUACUGAAAGAGCUCGAAAGAGGUAGAGGAGGUAGCCCGAACGCGAAGGGGUUGAAGAUGCAUCAAGUGCACGAAUUGGCGGAGGCGAAGAUCAAGCAGGAUAACAAAUUCAGAAAUGCUCUCGGCAUCAGCAAAAAUUACGAAGAGGGUAGUCAUUGGAAGAGAGAUGAAGAGAAAAGGGCAGCAAAGAUGGAGAAGGAGGGUCGAUCGAAAGAGGAAGAAUGAUUGAGCGAGUAUAUGGAGUUUGGGACCGGAACUGGGAUCUUGUGGGAAUUGGAGUAUAUGGGUCUUUCUGAUGGUAUGUGGAACUUUCCGCACGUUUAAGAAAUGGGAAAUGUAAGAUUUUAUAUCACUUCCCUCUAUUACAAUUGAUUACAAGCCGUGGUCCAAUUCUGCCAGAAUUUCAGGCUCUUUGAGACAGUUUCGUUGCUGCCUGACGUAGUUAAAUGGGCUAGGACUAAUACUGACAUUUCCAAAAAGCCCAGCAGAUACAAUUGGGGAGCAAAUUGAAUCGCUUCACUGUGUAUGGCGAUCAUAGCUUGUGCCUUUUCUCACCGCUGGCAAGCUUCCUGAAUUCCUCCUGAGGCACUCCUGAAGCGAAUCGUUCGAGUCCUCCAAAAACCUCCGCUACUCCUUGUGCAUCCAUGAUUUCUCUUUCCGGUUUUCUGAUCAGAGCCUUGAUCUUUAUCAAACUCUCUCCAUUCAAAUGGUCUCCAAGUCUAUUUUCAAUCUCCUCAAACACAAGCCUCCGGAACUUUUCAUCCUCACCCUUUUCACAAUCGAAUAUCUUAUUCACGAACCCAACUUGCAAGAGCUCCUCGGAUGUUAUUCUUUUGCUCAUGAUCAAAGCUUCAUUAGCUUUGCUGAUGCCCAGUCGUUGGACAAAGGCUUUCGAUGCGCCUCCCUCAGCAACGAGUCCGAUACUGGAGAAUGGAGUGAGAAGAAAUGUUGAAGGAACGCAGUAUAUAAAGUCGGCGAAAGCUAUCAAGGCAGCGGAAAGACCAAUUGCAGGUCCAUUCAAAGCUGCAACGAGAAUCUUGGGGUGCGUGUAGAAGGCAUGGGUUAUGUUGAGAUUGUUGGCCACGAAACUCUGCAACCAGUGUUUUUCUAUGUCCCCUUCAGGUCGGGGCUCACUGAUGGAUACAUCUGCUCCUCUGAAGUUUGAUAUUAGCAUCGCUUCGGACCCACAUCUCUCGAUCCUAAUUGAGACUCACGCAGAGAAAAAACGUCCUGCUUCGAUGUUAGAUAAAGCCACGUCGUAGAAUCAGGAAUCCAUAGUUACCCUUCCCAGUCAAAACUGUAAUGAAAACCUCAUCAUGCG